CGCCAAUCACGCAAGAAAGGAUCAGCUCAUGGUACAGUCGCUGAUAACCGCUUUGACAUUGACGCAAUUACUGGAGAAUGAUCGCCAUAGAUAAAUUGCUCAACUGCCGAGGUUAGCUUGAGCUGCAGACACUUUUACCCGUUUGUCCCUGCAGCCAUGAUAACGACAUACUCGAUGUUGUAUACGCAAUGUGAGCUGCUAUCUGCCUAUAUAGACAGCAUAUUUCUCAGGAAUUUCCCCUCCAGUCGUUAUUACCCAUAGAGUCAUAUUGUAAGCAUACCAGGCAUUUCUCAUCAUGGCCACUACUUUUGAGAGCUCUGACCCAGCUGUCUACAAAGAGUACGAAGCUCAGUGGUCCACUCUUCCCACUGACGCUGAAGGCUGGAUUAAGCGCGCCAAAGAUGUCGCUCAAGUCCUAGCAAAAGACGCUCCAGCUCGAGAGCGCGCAAACAAAUCUCCCAAGGCUGAAGUCGCUCUUCUCAAGCACUCUGGCCUUCUCAAGAUCCUCGGCCCAGCUAAGUAUGGCGGUGGUGAACAGCCAUGGAGUGUUGGUUUCAGAGCGAUUCGCGAAGUUGCCAAGACGGAUGGAUCUGUUGGCAUGCUUCUCGGCUACCAUCUCGUCUGGUCCACAACCGCCAACGUAGUGGGAACUCCAGAGCAAGCAGACCGCACGCACAAACUAAUCAUCUCAAACAACUAUUUCGUCGGCGGAGCUGUGAAUCCUCGCGACAACGAUCUCAAGAUCACUUCCAAUGGGGAUAAGAUUGUCUUCAACGGUUUCAAGAACUUUAGCACCGGCGGUGUGAUUUCCGAUCUGACUGUUCUUGAGGGUGUUUAUGGUGAGAAGGAAGAGCAUAUAUUUGCUAUUGUUCCGACGCAGCAGCCUGGUAUCCAGUUUAAGCAUAACUGGGAUAAUGUUGGGCUGAGACUUACGGAGUCGGGAGGUGUUAAUAUUGAGAAUGUUGAGGCGCCGUGGGGUGAUGCGUUGGGAUGGGAUGUUGAGGCGAAGAAGCCCGAUCCCAACAUUCUGGCCAUUCCUUUCACGAGUCUAUUCUUGCCCACAAUUCAGCUCAAUUUUGCCAACCUUUACCUCGGUAUUGCGGCCGGUGCUCUUGAGUUUGCCAAAGAGUACACUCUCAAGAACACUCGCGCCUGGCCCUUCGGCGGCGAUAACAAGGAGAAAGCAACAGACGAGUUCUACAUCCUCUCCACCUACGGCAACUUCUUCGCCCACCUCCGCGCCACCGAAGCACUAGCCGAGAAAGUCAACGCUGAAGCAGACUCGCUCUACGCAAAGUACUCACAAGAUCGUUCUGCAGUCACAGCCGAGCAACGCGGUGAGUUCGCCGAAUGGGUCGCCAGUCUCAAGGUCGUCACUACAGACACUGGUCUCAAGAUCACGUCGGGAGUGUUUGAAGUUACGGGCUCGAGGUCUACGGCUGCAAAGGUUGGGUUGGAUAGGUUCUGGAGGGAUUUGAGAACGCAUACGCUGCAUGAUCCUGUGGCGUAUAAGAAUAGGGAGUUGGGAAGAUAUCUUCUGUUAGGAGAGUAUCCUGAGCCCACUUGGUAUACUUGAGAUAGUUUUGGCUGCUGAAUAGUUCAGAGGAUAGUGACUGAGAAUUUCAUACGGCGCCUUGUACUCGACUCUAAGUAAAAUUGUUUAGAAGAGUGCAAUUUUGUCGAUAAUUAGUUCUCUACAGCUGCUAGUCUCUCAUACAUCAGGACAUGAGCCAAUAAACGCUCGGCGUUCUCGUCGUAUAAGAAUUAAAGAUCACACCCAAGUUUCCAAUCUACUAUUUCCGAACAGAGUCCUGAAUAAGAGAAGAUCCUCCAUCUCAUGAAUCACAGCUUCAGUUCUUUGCCUUGUUAGUCUCUGGACCCGCGUAGGCCUCAGUCUGACCAAUCUUGGUCCAAGGAGCGAAAGCCUAUAAUUACGUUAGUUUCUGGAUCAUCACAAUGAUAAAAUGAAAGAAACACUUAAAUUUUUAACAUUAUGCAACGUUGCAGCAAGUUCAGGAAAGUGUCGACACAAAACAUCCUUCAUCGUGUUAUUCUGCACCCAAUUAAUGCCCUCGCGAGUAUACACCUCAGGACACCAACCAUCACCAGCCAGGAACCGAUCAGACUUGAUGCGACGAGUGGCCAUGAGGAUGAACACGCGGAAGGCAGUGUCGCUGAAGCCAAAGCCCUUGGGCAGAGGCUCGCUGAGAGUACCGACGAGAAGAUCCACGGCUUCAAGAUCGCCGUCGUAGACUUCUUCCAGCUCAGCAGCCAGCUUGGAAUCACCACCUGUGAGGUCAAUGAAGGUCUUUGCGGGCGCCAUGUGAAAUAGGCGUCUGAAAGCGUUGUAGCGAGGAACGCCGCGCUCACGAUCGCGAAGGAUGUCAAUGGUUCCCAAGUCCAAGUGUCUACCGUGAGGAAAGUCUUUGUCGCCUGGGAUAUUCAAGUCGCGUAGGAAAUUGGGCAUGUUGUGGGCUCGGAUGGCACCUGGGUAAUUGACGCCGAAAGAGUAAAAGACAUCAGCGAAUGAGAGGCCCAAGCCUGAUUUGUCCUCGUCGAAAGGCUUGCGGGCUGAUUUAAAGGCAACCUCUUUGAUAGGAAGUGUUCCCUUGUGUUGACCAUCCUUAAUACUGAAGAAUGCCACAUUGUCGGGGAUGAGAGGAUGGAGACGGUAGACUGAGACGAAUUCUUCUGUGAGACAGUAUGGCACGUUGUCGUGAUCAACGCCUGAUCCGGGAAUACCAGAAAUGACUUCUGAUUUGUUGUCAAAGACACGCCCAAAGACAUGCCAAAGCUAUCCUCAUCCGUCAGUAAUUGAUCAUCAUGAUUGGGAUAAAAGAUAUACCUUGUCGCCCAAAAGCCCCCACCAGUUCGCAUUCAUCCCAAUCUGUAGCGCCGGGUGCUGCAGAAUACCAGGUGUCCACUCAACAGUAUGAAUCUUGGCCAUAAGAGCACAAUUGAUAAGUCGCGCGGUAUCAAAGAUCUGAUCACUCGACCAGCUGGGAUUUGAAAGAUGAAGCUGUGUAGCGAUAGCGUUAUGCUCAAGCGCAAACAAAGUAUGAAGAAGUUCGAGUCCCAACCACCAGUUCUGUCUGAACCCAGUCUUGGGAAUACCAUCAUCCGAUCGAGGGAGGAACUGCACUCCAUCUUCACGCGUAACAUGAAGUUGACCGGGAUAUGACUUAUCACACUGCGCUCGGAGAGCUUUGGUCUCGGCUUCAGUGGAUCCGUAGAUCUGAGAAGCGUCCCACCAAUGGGUGCACUCGUUAGUAUAAGCCGGCGUUUCGAUAUCUUGUUGCGAAAGAGGAUCGUCUUUCUUUGUUCGGGGGAUCUUCAUGAUGCGCUCUGACCAUCUGUCGGCUUUGUCUAGAAGAAUCUCAACGUCUUUGUCACCGUUGGUGACGAGAGAGUGCUGUGCCCAAUCAUGAACUUGGAAUUGGAUCCAUGCUGCGGCGAGGAGAUUGACGAUCUCAGCCGGUUUGAACUGGCCCUCAGGUCUAGCAAGAAUCUUUUCUGAAAUAAGUCUUGGGUUAGGCGUAAGAAGCUCCUGUUGGGUAGGCGGCGUGGUAUGAUUUCUUGGAACAUUUCGACCGAAUCUCAUACCAGCACAACCCAUCUUUGGCUGUGCUAGAUCAUUGAAGUCACCGUCUGAGUUCCUGGUCGCUAUGAACUUUGAGUUCUUCAUGGGACAAUCAGCCGCAGUGCCCUGAAACUCAGCAUUGGGGUAGGUGUCAUGAAGGUUCUUCUCGCGGAGUUCAUAUCGAAGAGCGAGGAGAUUGAAGACACCGAGCCAGGUUGGGAGCUUGUGCCAGUGGACAAACACGUUUACAAGCUUCCAAAGACGAAUGUAGACGGACUUGAAGAUGGAUUUGAGAGAGAUCAUGUUGAAGUGAGAGAGUCCAAUGAGCAGUGUAACGACAGAUAAAAUAAUGGCAAGAGACUCCUUACUGAGUACAGAAGCCAUCGUGCCUGUGUCCCUCACAUUUCAGCAGGAGAUCAUGGUCGCUUUAUACCUGUAAUCCCAAACACUGAGCUAGACAGAAUACAGGCACAUGCAAGUCAUCCUCCUUGUGAUCUAUCACCCGUUGGGCGAUAGGCGUCGUGCUAGGUAUCACAGUAAGUGACGACGCUUAUUUGUUGACUCACAGACCUGCAUCCCCUC